ACACACUCACUCGCGCUCACUUACUUUCAAGGCACAUGCAGCCUCCAAACUCUGUCCACUCUCUCCGUUCUCAUCAGACAAUUUCUUAGUUUUUUUUUUUGCUAUUAAUACACUCCUUAGGCAGUCUUACUCUUAUGUGAGUGUGUACAACGGAGACAAAGAAACCUAAGUGAAGAUGUUCAACGCGUAACUUUCAGCGUUCGCGAGCGCGUAACGUCUGUUGUGCGUGACGCGUGACUUACUCAUUUAUGGGCGCUGUGUUUGUGUGAGCUGUAAGUCCAGUGAAGAUGACACCUCAAACUCAAUGGAGAGACUCGAGAGAAAGCUGGAAACUGAACACUGGUGCACCCAGCGUUGUUUAGGACAUUACAAUACGAGAAGCCAAGCCUUAGGACGCGUUAUAUAGUGAAAGCGAGCAGGAAUACGCACUGAUGCGCGCGAGCUGGGAAAUCUGCUGAUCCUGUUCAUUAAAGUGGGAUGUAGGAUUGUACGUACUUCGGCUGCGUUACUUUUGAUGUCUCCGAUCAGCACACCUGUAAAGGUUUCUGCUUCCUGUGAUCCAGUCACACAAUGCCUGAAGGUGCGGGACGCGACAGCCAGAAAAAAAACAGCAAUCAAGCUGCCAAGCGCCCCUCCUCUGUGUCCUCGCUGAGUGGGAUCGUGAGCCGCAUGGCCUCCUCAGGAGGCGCAUCCCGCGGGAGCUGCACCUCCGUUAACACAGUGUGCUCUGACAGUGACCGUGCUGCCAGUCUCAGCUCUUCUGCCUCCUCUGCCUCGCUGCAGGAUGGACACUCUUCCUCUUCCUCCUCAUCGCUCCCCUAUGGAGCAGUGCCGGCCUACCCCAGGCCACAGCGUAACGGCUCUGAUAUCAGCCUGGAUCUCACCCCUCUCUCCCUGCUGGCGGGAGCCGGUGCCCUUUCCUCCUCCACAACAACACUGCCCAAACUCACUCGCCUGGAGAGGGUGGCAUUGGAGAUACUGGAGACUGAACAGGCCUACGUGAGGGACCUCAAAAGCAUUGUGGAGGACUAUCUUGGCUGCAUUAUUGACUGUGGCGACUUACCGCUCAAACCCGAGGAGGUCAGCACCCUCUUCUGCAACAUCGAGGACAUCUAUGAGUUUAACAGUGAGCUUUUGGAAGAUCUGGAGCGCAGUCCGCAUGCAGCAGCCAUAGCAGAGUGCUUUGUGGAGAGGAGUGAAGCGUUUGACAUUUACACCAUAUACUGCAUGAAUUACCCCAACUCAGUGACCGUCCUGCGGGACUGCAUGAAGAACGAGAGCCUGGUGCGCUUCUUCCAGGAAAGACAGGCCACCUUGUGUCACUCGUUGCCUCUGGAGACCUACCUGCUAAAACCAGUGCAGAGGAUCCUUAAAUACCACCUCCUGCUGCAGGAGCUUUCCAAACACUUUGAUAAAAGUGACCCUGGCUAUGAGGUGGUGGAAGAUGCCAUUAUAACCAUGACAGCAGUGGCCUGGUACAUCAAUGACAUGAAGAGGAAGCAGGAACAUGCAAUCAGACUGCAGGAGAUUGAGAGCUUGCUGCUGAACUGGACUGGUCCUGACCUCAGUGGUUUUGGAGAGCUGGUUCUUGAAGGUUCCUUCCGGGUUCAGCGUGUGAAAAAGGAAAGAGCAUUCUUUCUUUUUGACAAAAUGCUCCUCAUUGCCAAGAAGAGGCUGGAUCAUUUCAUCUACAGUACUCACAUAUUUUGCUGUAAUCUGCUCUUAGUGGAAAAUAUGAAGGAUCCCCUCUGCUUUAAGGUGUCUGACCAAACUAUUCCAAAACAGCAACAUGUUGUUCAGGCUAAAAACCAGGAGGAGAAACGACUGUGGCUACAUUACCUCAAGAGAUUGAUCGUGGAGAACCAUCCUGCAUCGUUGCCUCAAAAAGCGAGGCAGGUACUUGGUGACAACUUCUGUCAGUCUCCACAGUUUGAUCAGGAGCCAAUUAGAAAGCCAAUGCCGUCACCGCGACUGGAUGAUGUUCAUAACUACCACAGAGGAAGAAGGCAAUCAGAGCCACCAGAAUUCAUCUACACCCCCGAAAAAGCCAAGAAAAGCCUUCCCAUGCUGUUAGAGGGCAACCUGCCAUACAAACGUGGAAGAAGACAGUCCGCGCCUGCCAAAGAUAUAGAAGCUGCAUUUCAGCAAAGCGGUGAGUGUAAACUGAAGUACUUUCACUUUCGAUAA